CUAAUAGUAAAAAUGCGAAAAUUUGUGAGAAUGGAUGUAUGUAUGUUUGUUGCUCUUACACGCAAAAACUAAGUAUUGAACGGAAAAUAAAUAGAUAAUUCUACAUUUUAUCCUACAAAAUGGUUACCUAGGGAUAACAGUAUCACCAAGAAAACAUGUAAACCACCAAAAUGGACAACUCUAUAUGUUUGAAAUUAAUUCAUCACAUAUAGCAACAGUCUCGAAAAUGUAAAAUUAUAGAGUAGGUUGCAAAUAUAAAAGUGUUUUUAUUAUGCUUGCUAUAAGUAACGUAAUAGUUAUGCGAUGGUUACAAUAUGGUUCAUAAAUUAUUUAAAUGGGAUGAACGAACUCAUGACAUUGACGUAGAUCGGUUAUUUACUUAGCUUCUCCAGGAAUGUAUUAUUACUUAUCUCUGUUUACCAAUUGGUUGUCUUACCUUUUAUUUAUUAUUGUUUAAUCAUUCGUUUUAUUCUUUGAACAGUAAGUGUUGUUAACAUAUUUUGUGAUUCGAAAUAUUAAAAUGCGUGUAAAUGUGCCAGAGGUACGGAAAUGCUGUUUCUGUUUCCCUUUACGAUAUGGAAUCAUAUUGUUUGGAAUCAUUAACAUUAUAUUUUCCUUGCUGGCUAUAGCUUCCUUAGUGUUCACCACUGAGCUUCGGAGAGUGUCUUUAACGAAUGGCUCAUCGCUGGAAGAUGUGACGUCGACUGUACUCUUUAGCAUACUGGGCCUUGGAGUUAUUUUGAAUUUCGUGCUAUUAGUUGGCGGAUGUCAGAAAGACAUAUCCAUGUUAAGAUUGUACAAUUAUUAUGCGGUACUGACGUGUUUGGCCGCUCUGGUUCCCUUAUUUAUAUUGCUGUACAGAAAGCAGUAUACAGACGUUUAUGCCGCAUUUGUUGCUAUUGUGAUGCAAAUAUAUGUCAUCGUGUUGGUAAGAAGUGAAACCUUGAAGUUGGAGAAGGAACUAUUAAUCAGCCAAGAGGCUCAAAGGGCUUAUGAAGACGAAAUAAUAACAAUACCUGAUAAUGUAACACUGUUAUAAAAAUUAUGAAUAUUGUAUAAAACACUGGGGUUAUUUGAAAGAUGUCUGUAAAAAGUAAUAAAUUAUAUUAACAUUUGUUUAUAUUGUGUGUAUAAAUUAUGUAACAAUAAAAAAGGUUUGACAGUAAUUAAUGAGAUAUACUUAUUGUAGUAAUUUAUUUAUGGUAUUAAGUUUGUUGGUCCAUACGUUUUAAAUCCCGUUGCACUUCUGUUUUCAAUUCUGAAUACUACCACAGAUAAACAUAAACUAAGAGAAGUAUAAUUAAAUAUCUUAGAUUAGAUAC